UGUGAAAUUCAGGAUAGCCAAUACACACCCAAAUGGCCAGCUCGGCAGCGAGCGCUCGCUUUUCAUGAUGAAGUUCACGAUGCAAGUGCUUCCUCGCACACGUGCCAUCGGAGCCCGAGGGCGCUCCGCCAAUCAGCCGGUCAAGGCACCGCGCGAACCAGGUAAAAAGGCCCGCCAUGCUGAUCCUGAUUUCUGCCCGUGAAUAGGGCUAAUUUGAGCAAUAUCCCCAAAUUAAUAGGUACAUAUCUAAAUAAACUCAAAUCAUAUCAAAACAUAGAAACGAUGUUUUUCAUUUCAG